CGGGGCCGGCGGGCGAGCGUGGAGGUGAGCGGAGCGAGCGGGGCGCUGGUGGUGAGCUCGCGGCUGGACCGGGAGGAGCUGUGCGGGAAGAGCGCGCCGUGCGCCCUGCGCCUGGAGGUGCUGCUGGAGCGGCCGCUGCGCGUCUUCCACGUGGAGGUGGAGGUCACCGACAUCAACGACAAUGCCCCGCGCUUCCCCGCCGCCUCCAAAAACAUCAGCGUCUCGGAGAACUCUCCUUCUGGUUCUCGCUUUCCACUGGAGGGCGCGUCGGAUGCGGAUAUGGGAGCGAACGCGCAGCUUUCCUAUCAAUUAAGCCCGUCCGAGCAUUUCGCUCUGGAAGUAAAAUCUAUAGAUGACAAUAUAAUCUCCGUAGCUUUGAUUUUAACGCAUCCUCUGGACCGGGAGUCGGUGUCGGAGCACCGCUUGGUGUUGACGGCGAGUGACGGGGGCAGGCCGGCGCUGACGGGCACGGUGCAGCUGGUGAUCUCGGUGCUGGAUGCGAACGACAACGCGCCGCAGUUCAACCAGUCGGUGUAUAAAGUGCAGCUGCCGGAAGAUGCCAUUCCUGGAACUGUUUUUCUGCAGUUAAAAGCGACAGACAAAGACGAGGGAAUGAACCAAGAAGUUUAUUAUGCCUUUACAGACACAAUUCCUGAGGAAGUGAAGGAAUUAUUUAUAAUUGAUGGAAUAUCUGGGGAAAUUAGAACUGCGGGAGAACUGGAUUUCGAAGAUGUUCGAUCAUUCGACCUCGAAAUAGAGGCGAGAGAUAAGGGCAUUCCUCCCCUAUCGGGUCACUGCAAGGUGUUGCUGCAGGUGGUGGACGUGAACGACAACGCGCCCGAG